AUGAAAGCUAGUCCCAAAUUCUCAGCCAAACCGGCCAGUCCUUUGUCUCAGAGGGUCACGCGUGCGUUUGUUUAUCAGAAUUCGCCUCAAUUCGCGAGACUCGGCGGCGCCCCACUGCGAUAUGGCGAUAUGGCGGUAUCUUAUCAGGUGCCGAUAGCCACGGUCGCCUCUGAUGGUGGCUGGGUGACUGUCCUCGCCGGCCGUCACGUG